AUGAGUUUAUUUACAAAUUCUUUUCGAAAGUUGUCACAACAAUAACAAGAGAAUGAUUCUGUUAAAGUUUACUUUAAAACAGAUAUGAAGCAUUAUGUUAAAAUAAGGUAUAACAGAGGAACCACAAUUAGCUAAAUUAUCAAUGAAUUAAUCAAAGAGUUGAAUUUGAAUGGUAAAAUUGUAAAAUUAAUUUAGGAAAGCUUGAAUAUUAAAUUUAUAUAAUAACACACAAAAAAAAUGAACCAUCAUUAGGAGGAAUAAGCAUAAAACGUAAGUUACGUAAAUAGGAACAACCAUUUAAGAUUUUAUUUUUUACAAAGUCAUUCAAAUUUUCUUUUUAUCUUGAUUAUAUGCUUAGCUAAUUAAGUUAAAAUAUUUAGGAUUCUCAUUUCAAUCAGAUAGAGAAUUAUUUAUUUACAAAAUAUGAUAAGGAAUUUCAAAUAUUAAAGGUAACUAAAAAUGGAACUUAUAAACAAAUAAAGAUAAAAAUUAAUUCUUAAGGAGCAGCUUUAUGUUAAGAAGGAAGUAUCUAAGAACUAUUUUAAUUAGAUAAGAGAUGGAAAAAUUUAUUUAGUACUCUGAUUGUAAAUUUGAUUUUGAAGAUGACCUUGUAUUUACAAUCACUUAAAAACAAGUAAGCAUUUAUAGAGCUGUAAAUUAAAAUGAGUUUUAUGCGAUGUAAGAAUGAUUAUAAUUGUAGUAAUAAACUAAUAUUUUCAUAUACUAAAAACACAGAAAUUAAAUGUAAAAUGAAUAACCAAGAUAAUAGUAUUGAAUAUUGCACUAGAUAAUUUAUGGAAAAAAUUGAGUUUAAUUGUUAUGAAUUCACAUAAUCAAAAUAAAUUAUGAAGCAAAGCAAAAAUUUUUAAAGUUUUCUUGAAAUCCACAAAAUAAUUCAAGUUACUAAGGAUAUUUCUGCUCUAGAGAAUGAUGACCUUUCUAUUGAUUUUGGAUAGUACAGAGAUUCUAUAUUAGAAACAUUAUCAAUAUUGCCAAGAGAAUAAUUUAGAUAAAAACUCAUUGCUUUUAAUUCUGAAUAUACAUAUAUAGCCAGUUGUAAAAUAGUGAAUUAGAUUGAAGAAAAUAAUAGGUUGCAUAACCCAUUAGAUGAGAUUUAAGUUCGUGAAGAAAAUAUAAGAAAAUAGAGUUAAUUGUUAUCAUGA